UCGAAACUUCUGCUCCGUCAGAGCAGUAGAAGAAAAAGUGGAACCUCAACACUUCAGUGUUCUUUGAGGGAAAGCUAUCGUAUUUAAAUCAGAUGUGAGUGGUAAUGAGUUGAUGAACGGAUAUCUUGGAAACGUUAAGGAUGAAUAACGUCAUUAGGUGUCUUGGCCGGUGUAAUAUCUGUGAUCCGCACUAAGCGGACAGCAGGAAUUAGCCUGUUCCCUGUGGCUUCCUCCUUCCAUUCCCUCCAUUGUAAACCAGGUUUUAUCCGUUUAGCAGAAACGACAUGGACAGAAGCAGUGUCCUCUACCAGGCAAUGCCGGCUGUUGGAGCCGAUGGAAAAAAUAUAAUGAAGCUAAUUCCUGUCCUGAGAAACAAUGGGCAGCCUUUCCCGACCCAAGCAGCUGUCCAAAGGAGCACUGGACAUUCCUCCUCGACUCAGACACCUGUCCAAAUAAUCAAUGCGCAGUUUUUCCCGACCCAGAUGCCUGUCCAGAGAGCCAAUGGACAGGCUUUCCCAAGUCCGACACCUGUUCAGAUAAUCAAUAGACAGUCGUUCCCAAUCCAGAUGCCUGUUCAAAGGACCAAUGAACAGUCUUACCCAACUCUGAAACCUGUUCAGAUAAUCAACUCACCGUCUUCCCUGACACAGAUGCCUGCUGUAAAGACCAGCAGACAGUCUUUCCUGACUCAGGCAUCUGUCCUAAGGACCAAUGGACAGUCCUACCUGACUACGACUCCUCAGAAAGUCAUCACUGUGUUUAAUCCCUUGCUCCAGAGUGCCCCUCCACAGUUUAUCAGCAGGCUGGCUAAUGGAGGCGCCUCAAAAAAACAAAGUCCUCAGCAGCAGACUGUAACUUCAUUGGCCAAAAUUCCCCAGACUGGAUCACCUUCAGUUGGAAGUUCCAUUGAGCUUCCAGUGACAGUGAAGUCUCCCACCCUCCCCAAGUCAAACGUCCUAAAUGUCCCCACUAGAGCACAGGUCAAGAGAAUUUCCGUUUCCAAAGACCAGCCAGUUGUGAAAGAGCCAAACUUUUCUCCCUCAGCAUGCUUCUCUGCCAGAUGUAGCUCACCCACUGUGAUUUAUGUGUCACCUGUCACCACGGUGAACCAGAAAGUCACCCAAACUAUUGGCUCUGCAGCUGAAAGACUUAGAGAACUGGCAUUAAAAGUAAAUACUUGUGACUCGCUUAGUAAGGCUGAUGAAUCCCAAGCGAUUACCUGUGAUUCGCCUCUAAUAAAAGGAACAACCCCAAAGUUAAAACUGAUUCCAAAGGUUUCACAAAGACCCAACAGUCCAACACGGUGGGUGAUAGAAGAGAUGGACAGCUGCACAGCCCAAAGUACCACCAUAAAACAUCUUUCAUCUGAAUCUGCCUCCUCAGGAUGUCUUCAAUCUUUCUCCGUGAAGGAAGACGUUCCCAAUAAAACCCUGCCAGAAAAUCCUUGGGUAAUAUAUGAUGGAAGAAUGUUUUAUGUAACCAAAAAGGGCAGCUCACCUUCUGAAUCCCCUGCAGCUACACAGCUCAUUUCCUCAUCCCCACAACAGCCAGCCAAAUCACCUUUUACUCAAACAAAUGAAGUGAUUGAUCUUUGUGGUGAUGGCAGCUCUCCAUCCUCUAACAUGCCUCCUAUUUAUUGUGGAGAUGAAGACAAUGUAAUCUUUGUGUCUUAUGUUCCACCCAAGUCAAAGUCUGGCCCGGCACAGAAACACAAGUUGGGCUCUGUCAGCUCCAAUAUCAGAACAGAUGUUUCUGCUCAAAGAGAUGGAGGGCAGGUCCAGAGCACACCCAUCAUUCAUGAUACACCUGGUUAUGGUCCAGCAGAGGUGGACAGAACUGAGAGUUUAAACAUAAAUGGUCUGAAGAGAAUCCCUGACCAGCAGGUAGACCCCCUGGAGAUGGAUGCAGAGACGGGAAGCUCAGCAAAUCCCAACAAGGAAGAAUGUGCUUCAAAGGUACAGAACUCUGAACAGCCUGUUCCUGAUGGGACAUCUUUAUCCACAUGUGAACCCUGUCAAAAGUCCGACCACCAGCUCAGGAAUAUAUUUGGGAUCACGGCUGAUUUGAAAAUUUGCCUUCAAAAGAUUGAUGAAACGCCACAUUGGUGUUUCUCUGCUAACUUUCCACAAACUAAGUCCCGAGGUCCAGUAGAUAGUGAGAAGUCAACAAAUGUUUUAAAAGUCAAAGAGGUUUCUCUGCAGGACUUUUCCAGUCCAGAUAAACUGGAUGUUAAUGUCCUAACUGAACCAUCUUACAGCAUAGCUCUUAGAAGUCCAGAUAUCAAGCUGAACACAAAACCUCAGUGUAUGUCGAAGGAGAACUGCUGUUCUGGCUUGGAAAUGUCCUUUUUACCUGAAGGCGAGUCUGUGAUUGGCUACGUCGAACCCAUAGAUGAGGAUUUCCCAGAUGAAAAUGACAUUUCCCAGUUACGAGACACACCUGUCCAACUUGAGACACAGACGUGUUUAGAUGUUAACACAAACACGAGGAGAGUGGGACGGACAAGGAAACGCACCAUGUGCCCGUGCUGUGUCCCAACUAUUCUGCAUCCUGUUAUUAAAUCCGCCACCAAGCUGGAAGAGGCGGAGAGGUGGAUGUCAACAACACAGCGUUCAAGAAAAAGAAGAGGACGAACAAAGGCUUCAAGGAAAGAUGGAAGAACAUCUAGAAGGAUCAGCUUUCCGAACUGUAAAGUACACCAGCCUCCUGCUAGCAGCGGUUCAUCGACAGCAUCCACACACAACGGGAGGUUAAAAAGGCACGAGCAGAUCAGGAGGCACAAUGAACAUCUGGCAAUGAAGCAACACAAAUGACCAUUACUAAGCUCUGGGACAGAAAAAUGGAUCAGAUUUCCAACCUACACAGGAGCUUCACAUUUGACCUAACUGAAGGAAUAGUCAAGGUCAUGUGAUGUCUUCAGUCUGUUUUUAAAACACGCUUUAAAGUUAGAAUAUGAAAAAUGCAACAUGUUUUUACGUAUUUGGUUGUAUUAGUACAGAGAUACUUGUAUUAAAGGUUUCUAUUGCAUUUACAACAAAUGUGUUACUGAAGGUCUAGAGUUUGAGUUUUUCAUUGCUUUUGUAUUGGUUCUAAUAUUGAUUGGAGAUUAUUGAGCAGUGACUCAACACUCACUAACCUCAGAAUUAUAAUGUGACACACAGCAGUGGCGACGGGGCAGCGAAAUCAACCAAGUCAGAGCUAAAACCCUCCUUUUCAAGGUUUUACCUGUUGGGCCUAGUCCUAUGAAUUACUCUUUCAUCCAAAGUGCUUUCUACUGUGGUUUUGUGUUUCAAAAAUGUUUAUACUGUAUCUUAUUUGUCACAGAAAAAUAAGAAAUCUAUGACAGUCUACCUAUGUUGUGAUAUCAGACUAUCCAUCUUGUCUGUUUUGAGUAAAUGACUGUUCUGAUAUGUUUGCUAGUUUAAAUAUGAAUGUUCCUACAUGGCUGUACAUUGGAAUGGAUCUGUCUAGUUAUUAUUUGCAUAACAGUUUUCAUCUUUCUACCAGCUCGUUUCUAACAACUAUUAAAGUCUAAAUGUUGUCAUUGUUUUUACAGUUAUACAGUAUUGCUAAAAAGAUAAUGUACCCCUGUCACUCCUAGGUUUUAAUGUUUAAAUAAUUCGUUUUUUACAAGGUUCUAAAAAUAUUUAAAUUUACAUGCAAAUGUAAAGAGGUGCAAGUUAAUUCCAUUAGGCAAAGAUUAAAUGUUCUUAUUGGUC